CUCCCAUAGCUCCGCGCUGAGGGAGGACGCGCUGGCGCAAAACGACAUCAUCGAGACGCGUUGUAUGGAUUUUACCCAAUUCAGCACAGCAACUGCGAACUUCAAGAAAAACAACAUACAGGAUCAACAAAUCGCAAAUCAAUUUCUGCAACGCUACGAAUUGCCUGUCUCCCCUCCCCGACGUACCUUUAUUUUUUUCUUGGAAUCGCGCUCAACUCCACUACAGAGGACCUUAUAACAAAUCACUUGGUUUGUGGAUUCAUCGCUCGAUUAAUCACAUGAGGAGCAUCCUCUCAGAUGGAGCAAUUCCUCCGUGACUGGAGACAAGAUGCCCUGAACAAGGCUCAGUACGAAUCUGCCAUCUUUGUCGGCGACAAACUGCUGGCCAUAACAGGUGACGACAAGGACGCCUUUUGGCUAGCCCAAGUCCACUUCGCCUCGGGCAGCUAUACCCGCGCCCAAGCCCUGCUAUCAAAGUCCGAUCUCGUAUCCCGCAAUCCAUCAUGCCGUUAUCUUUCCGCACAUUGCUUGAUCAAGCAAGGCCAGUACGAUGAGGCCCUCAAUGUCCUCGGUGACCGCAACCCUACCCACCUGAUUCCUACCGCAUCCAACAAGAGGAGAGCGCGUGGCCCCGACGCCGGCGCGAGGUCAAAACAGCCUUCGACGGGGUUUUCUCGAAGCGCCGCCGCCAUAACAGGCGCAAAGUCUUCACUGUCCCUGGAGAGACAGCACCAGCGGGAUGACGAAGCGACAGCCGCAGCGGAAGAGGAGGAUGCCCUAGUGCGCCGCUAUGAGGCCGGCAUGUGCUAUCUGCGAGGCCUCUGCUUCGCCAAGCAAAACGCCUUCGACCGUGCAAAGGAGUGUUACAAGGACGCCGUCCGCAUCGAUGUCCAGUGCUUCGAGGCCUUCCAGCAGCUAACCAAGAACCACCUCAUGUCGCCAGACGAGGAGUGGCAGUUUCUCGAGUCGCUAGGGUUCGACUCGAUCCGCGUGAGCACUCCAGGAGGGGAAGGCGACGAUGACGCCUCGGCCGAGGCUGCAACCUUUACCAAGAUGCUCUAUAGCACCCGCAUCUCCAAAUAUAGAAACCCGGACGCCUUCCAAACGGCGGCCGAGUCGCUGUCAAGUCACUACGGCCUCGCAAACAACCCAGAUCUGCUUCUAGCUCGCGCGGAUCUCCUCUACACGCAAUGUCGCUACAGGGACGCUCUAGGCAUCACGGGGAGCAUCCUCGACGCCGACAAGUACAACUUUUCCGUCUACCCGCUCCACCUCGCGUGCCUACACGAGCUACGCAUGACCAACGUGCUCUUCCUCGUCGCGCACGACCUUGCCGACCAUCAUCCCGAGGAGCCCUGCACGUGGCUCGCUGUUGGCAUCUACUACUUCAGCAUCGGCCGCGUGGCCGAGGCCCGCCGCUACUUCAGCAAAGCCAGCAUGAUGGACGCGCACUUUGGCCCGGCCUGGAUCGGGUUCGCGCACACUUUUGCCGCUGAGGGUGAGCAUGACCAGGCAAUAUCGGCCUACAGCACCGCCGCAAGGCUCUUCACGGGUACCCACCUGCCCCAGGUCUUCCUGGGCAUGCAAAACCACGCCAUGAACAACAUGACAGUAGCCGAGGAAUUCCUCAAGACGGCCUACGGUCUGUGCCGCGAAGACCCGCUCCUCCUCAACGAGAUGGGCGUCGUAUUUUACCACCAGGACCGCCUCAAGGACGCCGCCGCCAUGUUCCGCCGCGCCCUCGAUGUCGCCGAGGCCAACGAUGGCGACCCUCAAGCCUGGCUGUCGGCUCGUACCAACCUGGCUCACGCCCUGCGCCGCCAGCGCCAUUUCAACCAGGCCCUCGACCAGUUUGAUGAAGUCCUGCGUCUGGGCGGCAAGGACCCGGCCAUAUUCUGCGCAAAGGGUCUGAUCCAUCUCGACCAGGGCCGGCCAGGAGACGCCGUCGUCGUCCUGCACGAGGCGCUCGCAAUCAGUCCGCAGGACCCCAUCGCCACCGAGCUGCUCAACAAGGCCCUCGAGGACACGGCCGGCGCGACUCUCCUCGGUGGUGAAGACGGGGACGAUGACGACGAUGCCCUCGGCGCGACGGGGCCAGACAUAGCUGCCUUUGAACGGGGCCUUGUCGAGCGCGACCGCGCUUUGCGGGAGCAGAGGCAGGCGAGGGCGGCGGCUACUGCUGCGGCCGGGGCGGCAGGGAGACCGGUGCGGGACAAGGGGAAGGGGAAGGAGAGGGCGGGGACGAGGCACAGGAGGAGGGAGAGUCUCAUGGAUAUGAGCGAUAUCGAGUGAUGCGGUUUGAUAAACUGUGUUCGUUUGGCGAAGAAAAACGAUACGGCAAGUAGGGGAAUACCUAUUUCAGAAGAAAGCAUGCAGGGCUAUGAGCAGAGAUAUGGGAUGAUCAUGAUCACGGAUUGGAAGCAUUUUUUCUUUCUGGGCACGGCGUUUUUGAUGGCACAGGAACAGGAGGGCCUUAUAAACUUUUAUAGCUUAUCUACUUAGAUGGAUGCUAGAUAUCCAUGCUGAUGCAAGACACGAGUAUAUUCUUGGGCCUAC